CUAGUCUCCUUCUGAACAAACCCUUAGGCAGCAAGGAAUCCCACAGAGGACAAGGGAGGAGCAGCGCAAACGGAGUCCAGUAGCCUUUUCGUCCAGCGCAGCGGAGUCGUGCGGAGACGAAACUACACAGAGCAGUAGCGUAGUUAUCUCCUUUCCCAAGUUUGUUUUCAGGCAAAGACUGGUUGUCUUGAAAUGAAAAGUUAAUCAUAGAUAGGUAUUGAAUUACCUGUCUUCAUGAACUUUGUUCGGUCCCGUCAUCAGGAAGAAUGGGAAGCUUUUGGAUAGUGAAUGCAGGGUCUGGAUCAGCAUCACUAUAUAACUGGGCAAUCUGCAGCGCAGGAAUAUUUGUGUUGCUUGCUCUUGUCUUGUCCAUGUAUCUUAUCUUCGAGCAUUUAUCAGCUUACAAUCAGCCUGAGGAGCAGAAGUUUUUGAUUGGAUUGAUCUUGAUGGUUCCCGUCUAUGCAUUAGAAUCAUUCUUGUCACUCUUGGAUUCAAAAGCUUCCUUUAACUAUGAGAUCAUACGGGAUUGUUAUGAAGCUUUUGCAUUAUAUUGCUUUGAGAGGUAUCUCAUUGCUUGUUUAGGUGGAGAGAAAAAUACCAUUGAAUUUAUGGAAAGUCACAGCAUGGACAUGUCAUGUGCACCUCUAUUGGAUGAUGUUUAUGCAUAUGGAGUUGUGGAGCAUCCUUUUCCAUUAAAUUGUUUAAUCCAGAGGUGGUCACUCGGUCCUGAGUUUUAUCAGGCGGUUAAAGUUGGCAUUGUUCAAUAUAUGCUAUUGAAAAUGAUAUGUGCUUUACUUGCGAUGGGUUUCCAAUUUUUUGGUAUUUACGGCGAGGGAAAAUUUGAAUGGAAAUAUGCGUAUCCUUACUUGGCUGUUAUUCUGAAUUUCAGCCAAACAUGGGCCUUGUAUUGCCUUGUACAAUUCUAUUCUGUGACAAAGAAUAAAUUAGAACCUAUUAAGCCCUUGGCAAAGUUCCUGGUCUUUAAGUCAAUUGUAUUCCUAACAUGGUGGCAAGGUGUAGCUGUUGCCUUCCUUUUCUCGUUUGGGGCUUUGAGAGGGCAUUUGGCACAAGUUCUCAAGACACGCAUUCAAGACUAUAUCAUCUGCAUAGAGAUGGGUAUUGCUGCUGUGGUGCAUCUCUAUGUUUUCCCUGCGGCACCAUACAAGCGUGGAGAAAGAUGUGUUCGUAAUGUCUCUGUGUUGGCAGAUUAUGCAUCUCUGGACACUCCACCAGACCCUGAAGAAGUUAAAGAUUGUGAAAGAAGUACCAAAGUACGGAUUGCACGGCAUGAUGAGAGAGAUAAGCGCCCAAAAUUUCACCAGAGUGUUCGGGACGUGGUAGUUGGAAGUGGUGGAAUUAUUGUUGAUGACAUGAAGUUCACCGUUUCUCACGUGUUGGAACCGGUCGAAAGGGGCUUUGCAACGAUAAACAAAACCUUUCACCAGAUAUCUGAAAAUGUGAAGCCGCACGAAAAACUUAGGAAGAACUCCAAGGAUGACAGCUGUCUUGUUCCCUUGAGCUCGCGGACAAAUGAGUUCAGUGAUGUAGGGGACAAAUCUAUCCAAGGAAGUAUGAGUGAUGGUGGAUUGCCCGAUGGAACGGUAUCCAGUAGGGCACUAUCGUCCCGCUUCAGGUAUAGAUAGCAGAUACACCCUCUCUUUGACCUUACUCAUAACGCUUUUGAUAGAGAACGUAACAGAACCACUCUAUAUUCCCCAUGUUUACCACAAAAAUAGUGUACAGAGUAUAAUAAACAUGCAUUGGUAUUAUUGCAUUUUUGCACCCAAUACAAUCAAUCAUCUGGAGUAUGAACAUAACAAGUGAUUACUUUUGCUUCACAUUUUAUAUUUGUGCACAUCAUUUUUUAGUAAACACGGUAAUGGAGU